AUGCCUCAUUUCAGCAACUUACACAGGUUGGAUGAGAAGACAUCCUUGAUAGAAGUUGUUCCAAUUGGUGUCUAUUAUAACAUAUCAAAAUUUCAGCCCAAUUGGAUAAAUCUGGAGCCCUCAGCACGUCAAAGACUGAACCAAGUUCACAGAAAUGUCAUGUUGGCUGCCAUCACAUUUAAUGUGGCUACAUCCCUAGAGCCAUAUGCUACAUCCACAUAUGGGAGUCAAAUCAGCUCAGGAACUCAAAAUGAUGAACAAAAGUCAAGCUUUCCAGGCAGCUGGAGCAGUUGGCAUGUAUAG